UUUCAUCCUUCCGUUAUGAUAUCACACGAGAGAAUAAAACAGUGGUUCUGGCGCGUAAUUGAUCACAAUAUCUGGAAGACAGAAGAUAAUCAAGAAAUCGAAGAUUUCAAAUCAAAUCUUGACUCAUUCAAGGCAUACGAUUACGAAACAAAAACGAUGAAGCUUGCAAUCGUGAUUUUGCUGGUGUUGGCUGCAGUGGGCAUGGGAUCUGCUGGUAUAUGCUACAACUCACAUUGUUCCAUAAGGACAGUGUAUUUUUAUCCACAGUGUUGCCCAUAUAAUCUCCAUUACGCGUAUGUGCGGUUCUGUCACACAGCCUGGCAUUACUGCGGCCGUAAACGAUCCGCUGCCCUGCCCAAAAACCAAGUCGAAGUUGGUUUUCCCUGCGAUUUCAACGAGUACGACCUCAACAAAGAUGGAUCAAUCAGCAAGGAAGAGUUAAAGAAAGCCACAAAUUUGUCAUCACAGAACGUGGAUAUCAUUUUCAAGCAUUUGGACAAAAACGGCGAUGGCAAAAUCACUUGCGACGAGUUGAAGAAAUCAAGGUUGGAAUUCAAAUGUAAGCUCGUUGGUUGCGACCAAACUAGUGAUGAGCCCUGGAAUAUUGAGUAAAUGGCAUCCCACACUUCUGAUCAUAUUUCAUACUUACCUAUGGCCUAACUAGAGCAUUACACAAACAAUAGUGAUAAAUAUCGUAGGUUUGUUUCCUGGUAAUAGUUCUUGUGAUUGUUCAAACAUUACUAUUAAGAAUUGUAGUAAUAAACUAAUAAAAGUUGCAUUGAAAAUGUCCCCGUUCUGUUCUUGAUU